AUGGAACACAACCAGCGCAACAAAAUUGCCACACAGGUUUCUGAAGGGGUGAGCUUCUUGCAUGGCAGGGCGCCACCCUUUGUUCACCGGGACUUGAAAAGCAUGAACGUUGUGAUGGAUUUCGAUCUGAACGCAAAGUUGUGCGACUUCGGCCUUACCCAGUCAAUGGAGAAGACCCACAUCAGUCGUAGAGACAAUGAGGGAGGAUCUCCACGGUAUAUGGCUCCUGAACUCUUCGAUUCGCGAGGAAAGAUCACUGAAAAGGUGGAUGUAUGGGCAUUGGGCUGUUUGGUGGUGGAAGUAAUUUCCAGCAGGUUGCCUCAUGAGGAGUGCACAUCAAUCCAGCAAGUCAUGACGAAGACCCUUGUGGAGAAGCAACUGCCCUUCAAUGACUGGCGCGGAGUCAGCUCCAGUGUGCAGCGAGUUGCUGAACUUUGCUUCAUGUUUCCCCCAGAGAGCCGCACAAGUGCCGCACAUCUCUUGGAGGCAUUACAACGUCUCCGAUAA